AUAAGCAAUCAGGAUGUUUUCUUGAAUUUUCCGGAGCAGCCAGCUGCUGCGUGUUGUAUUUUUUUUUGUGUUUAUUUAUUUUAUUUUUUUUGUCAACUAAGCAGCUCUAAACACGUUUAUAGAAGUUAGGGUCUGAGUUUUGAGUAGUUUAUUUUAAUACACCAGUUCAUUCUUUCUAAUCGCGAUGUUGUUGGAGGACGUGAGGAAGCUGAAAGUGGCCGAGCUGCGGGCCGAGCUGCGGGAUCGGGGUCUCGACCCUAAAGGACUGAAGGCCGAGCUUGUGGAUCGUCUUAUGUCAGCUAUCCAGGAUACAGAACCUGACAAAAGUGUCAAUUUAAACCCUUUCGACAUGGAACAUGUCCAAACUGCAGAGGAAACCCCUAAACGAACAUGUCAGACUGAGGGCACAUCGACAGGCGUUGCAGAUGAGACAGCUUUAGGAGACAAGCAGCAAACUCUGGACCAGAAUCAGUCAAGUCUAGAGGAAAUCUGGACAAAACGGCGGCCUUGUGUCGAUCAGAGCACACAGACGGAGAAUGAGCCAGAAAUCAGGAUCUCCCAGUCAGUCUGCUCUUGUUCUUACAGGAGAGAAGCAGAGCAGAUGAAAAGCCAGUGUGUCCUCAGUAGCAGUGCCAGCUCUGAUGUCCAUCAGGAGGAAGUCCAGUCUACAUCACUACCACAACCCACCAGCCACCAGUUACCCCACAUGGCACCUGUCAUAACGGAGCCUGGAACGGAAAAGCAGGAUGAGUCUCGGGAUGUCAGCAGUCCUCAUGAAGAGAGGAACCGGGAUUAUUAUGAGUUUAAAGAGGAGAUUCAAUAUAUGAGAGCCAAAACACCAGAGCCUGGUCCUGCGAGUGAGGAUGAGAUGGACAUCGAUGAUGACACGGUUCGACUAGAUCCCUACAACAGUGACCUGCAUUUUGUAGUGGGUGCGGACGGGAGCAGCGGUCAGCCUUUACUCUGGGAGACGUUCCCUCUGCUGCAUUCAGGGUGUAGACUGACCCACGGCUUUACUCAUGGAAAAGUGGGAUUCGAAGUCAAGUAUGUGAAGAGAUUGUCAGCAGCUACAGAUACAAGUCUCAGCCCUGAGCCUCAGAGUGUUCUCAGAGUGGGCUGGUCUGUGGAUGGCUCCAGCUUUCAGCUAGGAGAGAAGGAGCUCUCGUUUGGAUUUGAUGGAGCAGGCAAAGCAGUGACAGGGGGAAAGAUGGAAGAAUUUGGCGAGCCAUUUUCAGAGGGUGAUGUCAUCGGCUGCUAUGCGUUCAUCAGCGACGAAGGAGAGACAGAACUAUCGUUUUCAAAAAACGGCAGCUUUCUCGGGGUGGCCUUUCGACUCGCUGGCUCCACCCUGGCAGGUCGUGCACUCUACCCACACGUCCUGUGCAAAAACUGCUCCGUUUCCCUGAACCUUGACCCUCAGGGUGUGGCCUGGUAUCCUGGUCCUCCUGGCUACUGCCCUUUACCAAUGCUUCCAUCUGCAUAUUGGACUCGAGCUCUGCUUCCUCCAUCACACAAGAAGGACUGUGAGGUGCUGAUGUUGGUUGGCAUGCCAGGUUCUGGAAAGAGCCACUGGGCUGAGAGCCACAUGGCCAAGAACCCAGAGAAGCGUUACAAUGUGCUAAGCAUAAACUAUGUCCUUCACUGGAUGAGGCUGCCGAGCCCAGAACACAAGAACCUGUUGCUGCGACAGGCCACACAGUGUCUCACACACCUCAUCAGAAUAGCAGCAACCAAAAGGAGAAACUUCAUCCUAGAUCAGGCAAACAUUUACCCGUCUGCUCAGAUUCACAAGCUGCUGAGGUUUUCCGGUUAUCAGAGAAAGGCGGUGGUGUUCGUCCCCUCGGAUGAGGAAUGGAAGAGACGUCUGCAGCAGAAAGAGCAGAGCGAGGGUUCUGUGCUACCAGAAAUAACACUGCUAAAAAGCAAAGCGAGUUUCACCCUCCCAGAGAAGGGCAACCUCCUGGAAGACAUCCUGUUUGUCGAGCUCUGCCGUGAAGAAGCGCAGAAGCUCCUCACAAGCUAUAAAGAGGAGGCCACACGUCUCUUACCUACACCUGUCAAACGCAAGAGGCAAAAAAAACGCCCCCAUAAACGUCCCAUUGAUGCACAUGGAUCGAGCCAAAGCCGCAGUCAGUAUGCGCAUCAGGCACAGUGGGGAUGCCAUAAACAAAACGGAUGGAACUUUUCUGCUUUUUCUCAGCCUUAUGGCUGUAACAGUGAUCCACAGCGGUACAGAGAUUACUAUCAGCCCUGCACCGAACAGUGGAACCUGGGUAACCAAAAUCAGAGUUACUAUGGAAACCAGAGCUAUUAUUUUGGCAACCAAGCUUUUUGGUAAAUCAUAACAGCAACACAAUAAAUAGUAUUUUUUAUUUCA